AUGUUUCGUUAUGGUGAGACAUGUUGGAUGGAAAUUCCAGUGAAGGAUGCCCAGCGCGCAAUUCAGUUUUACCGCAAUGUAUUCGAAUGGAACAUCCACGAGGAAGGGUACGAGCAACAACUCGAGGGCAUUGAGCGGGUUUAUUUCUUUAGCAAGGGAAACUUCCAUGGCAGUUUCUUGCUGGUUCCCGAAGACCAGUUUUUUGAUAUGAGUAAAGCGUUCGCUGCUAGUUCGUCGGAUCGUGAAAAGGAAGGGGACGACAAGAUCUUAUGGUCGGUCGGUAACACGUUCGCCGUGGAGGAUAUGGAUGAGACUUUGAAGAAGAUCACUGAUUCUGGUGGGAGGAUAUUUCGGGGAAUGGGUUCCCUUGCCAAAUUUGUCGACACUGAGGGGAAUAUCCUCGCACUGUUCUCCUUGCAGGUGUGGGAUUGA